AUGUCUCAAGCCUCGCAAACAUCUCAAAGCGAAGAAACCAAAAAAGCCCAAGAAGAGCACGUGACUCUCAAAGUCAAAUCACAGGAUGGCAACGAGAUUUUCUUCAAGAUUAAGAAGUCCACACAACUCAAAAAGCUCAUGGAAGCUUACUGCUCAAGAAAUGGAGUGAACCCGACAACCGUGAGAUUCCUAUUUGAUGGUGAAAGAAUCCAAGAGACCUCGACCCCUGUUUCUUUAGGAAUGGAAGAUGGUGACGAAAUCGAUGCUAUGGUGGAGCAAACUGGAGGAAUAUAA